AUGCAAUUGGCUCGUGUGACCGAUCGCUCGCCACUCUUCUUGCCACUACGGUCCGACAUUCAUCCAAUAGAUAAAACGUCGUCGUGGUUGUGUAUUGUAGUGAAAAUUCGCCCCAGUCUUGUGCAUUUUCUAGUAAAUAAUCGUGUGUGGUGCGUCAUCAGAUCAAAGGUGCCAAUUACAGACGUUGUAGACUAUGAGAACAAUUACUCGGAAGCUCGUUAUCAACUUUUAAUUGCUGUGGCCGAUGGCAACGUGUGGGUCGUGACGUUGCCAACUUCUUUGCAGUCUGAAACAGGUGCACUACCUUUGAUAGAGAUUGUACUGGAACGCUCGUGUCGUGAAAGCCUGGAGCCGGUAAUGGCGCAGUGGUUCUAUCAAUUACCUGGGAUACAGUCAAUUCAAUGUACCCGAGCAGGUUUGACGUCUUUUACUCUAAUGAGGAGCUUGGUGACCCCAUCGACAUUGAUUGUGAGAAUUUCUGAAGCCUCCGAGUCCAAGCUCCAACGUUAUCAGUCACUGGAAUUAGACAAUCUUGAAGGAGAGCAGUCUACUUGCUCACUGUGUUUGAAUGGUCAAGAGCCACGGUAUCGUGGAUUGCUGACAACCUUAUUCCCAGAUGUGACAAAUUCUACUGGUGUGAUUGCGAUCCUACAAGGAGAUUUGGAUGGAAGCGUGCGAUUCUCCUUGGUAUCUUAUCCUCGCAAAGAGGGAGAUGUGACAAAGGUGUCUGUCAUUCGCAGUGGAACACUUGUGGAAUUGGACCAGCCCGUUCAAAUGAUCGUUCCAUUCAACUCUUCCAGUCCGAUGACGCCAUCUUCUGAAGAAAAUGUAGCAACAGGGUCAUCUACAGUAUUCAAUGCACUGCUACUUGUUGGCACUCGAGGACGCGUUGGGGUGAUUCAUUCAAGAAGUGGUUGCUCGAUAAAGACUCUUCCUGUUGCAUUGAAGAAGCUGGAUCUUGGGUACGCAGUACAGUCAUUAGCAUUUGUGGACAGUUUAAAGGUGUUUGUUUUUUGCUCGAACGGUUCAGCUUUCGUGUUUCGAGGCAAUGAUGUUAUACGAAAAGCACAGUUGGGAGACUUGGAAGCCCAGAGCAACGGCCGCAGCAUCUGUGCCGAGAAAAUGCUUUUUCAACCGGGCAUCUUGCGUUUGGUAACACAUGACAGCACACACGAUAUGUCAAUUCUUUUUGUAUCAGGGCGGGUAAUAACUAUCGCUGAGACUUUGCUUCGUGCAAAGAUAGCCAGUGUGCUGUUACCUGAUCAGCAAAAUCGCCUGAAGGAGCAACCAUCUGCAGAAGUACCGACGAGCGAGUCUCAUGUUCGCAAUUUAUUGCAUCGCAUCGCACAGACUUCUAUCGAAUCAACCGCCUUGCGCACCCAAUCGAAGCAGAUUGAUCGUCAACUUAAGACGCUACACUCGGCUUUGGAAUUGCUGCAAGUGGUAGAAACACAAGGUAUUGAGUCUGUGAUUACUUGUAAGGUACGAGCAUCAAUGGUUACAACUGGCAUUUACUCGGACAGACCGACGAUCAAACUGGUAUGUUCCAUACGUUUCGUGAAUCCGGACGUUAUCGUCUCACUUGACGAAUGGUGGUUGUGCAUGUAUGUGCGUACUCACGCAUGUUCCGUAGUGACGCACUCGUUUCUACUGAAUAAUGUACUCGCGCGUGGAGAACAGAGUAUCAUCCUUGACCCCGACACGCUCGCUCUAGAAUCUUUCUGGGUGUCGUGCUCGAUGCUGUUUUGUCCCACAAGACAUGAACAUCCUGAUAAAACGCAUAGCAAACCGAAUUGUGUUGAGCUCAAGCCAAUUAGUCAGGACGACAUGUUGCCAUUUGCAAUUCCGCUACUUCAAAAUCGAAGAUUCCUGUUCGUACAGCUGAGUCAGCCUGUCGAAGAAGAAACUCCAGUCAGUCAAGUUGCCAUUCACUCAGCGUUCCGUCAAAAACACGAGCCGUUCAUGCCAGUCGAAAGAAAGAUCGUUGGAGAAAAAGCCUCGUCGUCUGCACUCUGGAGUGGUGUGCAAUGGUGGACUGCACUAGCCGAUCAUGCUCACAAGAACGCAUCAUUUGCAACAUUGUGGGUAAAAAUCGCCCCUCCAGGUGCAAUUCCUUUAGCGCUGUCUCCUCCAUCGCGGUUUGUGAUUUCCAUCCCUUCAUUCUUCGAUCCAGAAGGUGAAGGCGAGAACGACGAAGAUGACGAUGAAGAUCUUGAAAAGAUUCGCGCUGAAAGGAUGGUGUCAUUCCUGUGUCAUCUCUUGGAGAUACACAGUGAUGACGUUUCACGAUUGCGUCGUAGCUGCAGAACGCAACAUGGAAAGCUGUGGACAGCGCUGCGAUCUUUCUCGGGGGGUCUCAUACUUUUGCGCUUUACCCCGUCAGAAGAUCAUCACCAAUCCGUUGAUCUCUCGAUCCAAUGCUCGAAUAUAGCGGAUCUCUCAGCUAUGCGAGCUCUCAUUCUGGAGACGAUCAACAAGCAAAGUGAUGAGGCUGCGCGAGAAACAAGCAAAGACGAUCAGUCGGAAGCGCUUCUUGUAGGCAUGAGCGAAAUGUUGGAACCCAUUGCAGCUCUUGAUAAUCUUCUGGAGGAACUGACGCAGAAGACCGCUAUCAGUAUCGUCGAUCCUCAAUCCACUAUUUGCACCGAUGAAGUGCUUCAUGCACUCUCACAGCUAGCGCAUCUGGAGACCCAGACACUCACACUUUAUUGGAAGACAAGAUCAUUCAUGCUUGGCAGAAGCAUCAUAACUGACUAG